AUGUCUUUUCUUUCCUGCCAAGCAAAAAAAGAAAAUAAAGAACAGGAUUUUUUUUUGAAUAUCUUAAGAGGAUCAAAAAAAGGAAAAGGAAGAACCAGUCCUUAUCCUAAAGAAUCUCUUAAAAAAAUUCAAAGAAAAAGUAUAUCCAUACCAAUGCACAUACCAGAAGGAUCUGAAAAUGCUGGAACCUCUGGAGGAGAGACAGCUGCUACUCAAGAAAUCAGAGAUCAAUGCAAACAGCAAAAUGAAAUUAUUCAAAGAUUAGGAGAUGAAAUCACUAAUGUUCGAAAACUUCUGGAGAAGGGUGGAGUUGGAGAUUAUAUGUCAACGGACGAAUUUAUUACUAUUAUUUCAAAAAUUGAGAUCAAAGGUGCUGGACAUUUUAUUAUGAUACAAAAAUUGUUACUAAGCAAAAGAGGGGCAAUUGCUGAUAAGAUUCAAAAGGUCAUUUUUACAACUUUUGAAAAAAAAGGUCUUCCGAAGAUUACUACAAAAUUUUCGGCAGAUGCCAUAAAAAGCUGGAAAGAAUCAUACGAAAUAAGAAAAUCAUAUCAAGAAUUUAAUGAUGACCAAUUCAGUUCUCAAGUUCUUCAAAGAAGUUGGUCGAAACGUCCAUCUGAGGAGCAAUUGGCAUUCACAAUAUUUGUUAUUAAAUAUAUUUUUAACCCAAACAUAUAUUCAAUUCAGAUUAAAGACGAAUAUAUUUGUCAUUAUAUGAAAAAAUACUAG